AUGACCAUCACAGCCGACGGGCAACAACUGCCACGAGUUCGUCGUAGGCGACGGAAAGACGAUUUGGACUCUGAAUCCCCUUCCCUGGGCCAUCCGAUCCCAUCCCGCCCUAUGGACGAGGACGCUUCCACAUUUUUCCAGAUGGAAGAGGAGGCAGAGAAGCUGGCGCAUAUAACCCAUGAAUGUCCCAUUCCGAAACCUAAAGGUGCUCUCGCCGCGAAAGUAAACUCCUCAGGCCACCUUGAACAUUCUCCGUCAACCAUUGCCGCCACGAUGUCCUGGGUAGCUUUCAUAAGAAGCGUUCUUACCCAGCCCCAACAUACAAAAUGGAUUGCUCCCCUCCUUAUAUUGAGCGAUAUGGCGCUCUGCGCAUUGGUCAUCUGGAAGGUCUCCUAUACCGAGAUUGACUGGACAACCUACAUGCAGCAGAUAUCUCUCUACGCCUCUGGGGAACGCGACUAUACCGCCAUAAAAGGUUCGACUGGUCCGCUCGUCUAUCCUGCGGCCCACGUCUAUAUCUACAACCUUCUCUACCAUCUCACUGAUGCCGGGCGUGACAUUUACACCGGUCAAAUCUUGUUUGCCGCGCUUUACAUGUUGGCUCUAGUUAUUGUCGUGGCUUGUUAUAGACAGCUACAGGUCCCGCCUUACAUUUUCCCACUUCUAGUCCUUUCCAAGCGGCUUCAUAGCAUAUUUAUGCUGCGCAUGUUCAAUGACGGCAUUGCUGCGUUUGCAAUGUGGAUCGCCUUAUAUCUGUUCUUGGAGAAGAAGUGGACUGCAGGCGUUGCGAUUUGGUCUGUAGGUGUUGGGGUCAAGAUGACCUUAGUCUUGCUUGCGCCGGCCGUUGCUAUCAUUUUACUGCUUAGUGUCGGGCUGAAGCGCAGUGUUGGACUCGGGACUAUGGCCGCGUUGAUUCAGAUCCUGCUUGCGAUUCCAUUCCUCUAUAUCAAUGCAACUGGCUAUCUUUCACGAGCUUUUGAGCUUUCUCGGCAAUUUAUGUUCAAGUGGACCGUGAAUUGGAGAUUUAUAGGCGAAGAAUCCUUUCUGUCAAAGGAGUUUUCUAUUGGACUGCUCGUGCUGCACGUUUCUAUUCUAGCCAUAUUCGCUUUUGGCUGGGUAAAACCGUCAGGGUCCAACCCGUUCCGCUUCCUGCAGCACACACUCCAAGGCCAUCAGGGCAACGUGGAACUCUCGAAACUCUUCAUAAUGACCACGAUUUUGAGCUCAUUGGCCAUUGGCCUGCUGUGCGCCAGAUCCUUGCAUUACCAGUUCUUUGCAUACUUGGCUUGGGCUUCUCCAUUCCUGCUCUGGCGUGCUGGUCUUCAUCCUGUCAUUAUCUAUUCUGCAUGGGUGCUCCAGGAGUGGGCCUGGAAUGUUUACCCCAGCACGAACACUAGUUCCGCAGCUGUAGUGUUUUCCCUCGCUCUGCAAGUGUUUGGCGUGUUGUUCAAUAGGCAUGCAGAGGUGGGUAACAAGGGCGACAGGGCUGACAACGUCCAAAAAACACGCACUCAAUGA